CUAAUCCAAAAAAAAAGAGAGUACUGCUCCUCAUCUACAUCGAUAAUCUACCCAAAAGUUCUUUACCAUGACUCUCGCCGUUGAUCUCCUCAAUCCUUCCGCCGAGUACGAACUCAAGCAACACAAGCUCAAGCGUCUUGUGCAGUCACCAAACUCCUAUUUUAUGGAUGUCAAGUGUCCCGGCUGCUUCGCUAUCACAACCGUAUUCUCGCACGCGCAAACCGUUGUGAUUUGUGCAUCAUGCACGAGUGUAUUGUGCCAACCCACAGGUGGUAAGGCAAGGUUGACAGAGGGCUGCUCCUUCCGUAGAAAGAACUAGGUCGCUCUGUCCCUGUCUUAACUACUCUAUACACACUGCAACCCGCAUUCUGCACUCGCCCACCCACUCGCAUCAUCCACAAAUUUCGCUGUCUUAUUGCAUCUCCUCUUUGGUUACUCUCGCUCGACUUUUACUUCACGGAUUCGACACAUCGAGCCCCCUCGUUUGAGAAAAUUCUGCGCCUCUAUAACUUUGUGUAUUUCCAGUAUCAUGAAUCUGUAGUUUAUGGUUUCCACCGUUACAGAAUCGGCUUUACGAACGAACGCAAUUCUAAGACUUGGAGAGU